UAACCUGCUGCAGUGCGACAACAGGGACGAAUAAGUGCUGCAGUUACUGACGAAACUAGCAAGCUUUUAUUCGUCUGAAGUAUUUCAGGAAAUGAAAGCUUAGUGACAGUGUGACUUGUCGAUAGUAUUUCUUCCACGUACAGUCUAUGCUACCGUGUUACUGGACUUAGGAAUACACCAACGUCAAAGCUGAGGAGUUACUUAAGCUCGCGCUUAUGCUAGCUAAAUACGGCUAAUGCCGCCUUCCGGGACUGUAGGAAAUAUUGCAGUUACUGGUGGAGUUAAGUCUGAAGGCUCCUUGAGGGCCCUGUAGUUUAGUUUUACAAAAAAAUUGAUUCCUGGGGAUUUUUUUAGAUGCAUCGUGAAAGUCCCUGCAGUCCUACUUUAAUCAAACAUCUCGAGUAAAACAAAUGACGAUGUCUGCGCGUAUCUUACAGCAUAUCCAGACUAUGAUGAUUGAAUUAAACAACCUGAAGGACAAAGUAGUAUCCACUUGCACUUGAGUGAUAAUAUUCGACUCACAACAUUACUGGAGGUCGUAACGUGUGGUUUGGACCUGCUCGUGAGAAGUUUACGAGGAGUACCUGAAGGCAGCAGAUCCUGUCCCGUCCCGCAAAGUUAGCUAGCAUUAGCAGAGGAUGCAGCUAGCCGGCAGGAGAAGACCGCAGCAUCAGCAUCAUCCACACACAAUGACAUAAAAUAUCCUCCAGAUUAGGUUACUGUACGAGACGACGGUGAGGAAUUUCUCCAACACGGGAUAAAGAUGAGUCGCUUCUGCUCAGACAACAACAACUUUCCCUAUGACAACAAUGUCCUAGUUUUGGACAUGGUGCUGGGCUCUCUGUGGGGAGUGCCUCAGCCCAUAAACUGGGACAAUGUGGCCAAGCUAGUGCCAGGCUUCACUCCCAAGGAGUGUGCCCGUCGAUUCGAGGAGCUGAAGAGCACAGGAGGAUUUCCUAACGUGGACAACCAAUGUAACGCCCUGACAGAAGGAAACACUUCCCUUUCAGACGGCUUGUCCACGCUGCUAGAAUCUGGGGAGGUGGUGGAGAGAGGAAGCAUCCAGAGCAGCAGCAAAGUUACAGGCUCCAAGUCGACGCCUUCAGGAAGAGGUGGUGCUAUAGAGAAGAAAGAGAAAAGAGUCUCAGUAGAGGAAGAAGACAAACCUCAGAAGCCACGAGAUCCCAACAUGGUCAUCCACGUGUGCGAUGAGACCAAGAACCUGAAGCAGGACUUCACAUGUCCGAGAGAUCUUCUUGUCAAAGAGAUGCGCUACUUUGCUGAGUAUUUGUCUGUGGACCCUCAGAGGUGGGAAGAGGUGGACAUCUCGGUACACUGCGACGUGCAGAUCUUCGACUGGCUCAUGAACUACGUCAGGAGGAACUCUGCAGGAGAGGGGAACAAGGACAAACCACGGCUCGAGCCCAGCAAUGUGAUCUCAAUCCUGAUCUCCUCCGAGUUCUUGAAGAUGGAUACGUUAGUGGAGGAGUGCAUCCAGUACUGCCACAAACACAUGAGUGCCAUUGUGGCCACUCCCUGCAACAUGAACUGUAUUAAUAGCAACCUGGCAACACGGAUCGCUGAGCUCUUCAACCACAACGAGGCAGAUGACAUCAGGGACAAAAAAGACAAGUUCAAGAGCAAACUCUUCCAAAAGAAAAUUGAGCGUCUCUUCGAUCCCAACUGCCAGAACAGAGAUUCACCAGGAAAUGCCUCGACUCUUUACAGGUGUGGUCUGUGCCUUAAGCUGCUGACCAAAGACACAGAGAGGAAGAUUUCUUGUGUCCCAGGGAAAAUCAACAUUGAUGCUCACGGAGAGAUCAUCUAUACACACACCAGACAGAAGAGCUGGGAUGUGCAUGAAUACAUCACAGGCCUGUAUGAGGAGCUCAAGUCCUGGGUCCUAGUUUACUGGAGAAUCUGGGGUACUAUCAACUACCUCACCUGCUCCCGAUGCCAGCAGGUGUUUGUGUGUGCAGAGCUGACCCAUUGCAAGUACCACCCAGACAGUGUGCUGUAUCCUGGCAUGGGUACAGAGAAAGGCUGGCAUGGUGCAGGGAUAUAUCCUUGCUGCAACCAGCGGGUUCUCCGCUUUGACCCCACUGGGAUGCCCAAGGGCUGUAAGAUGCGAGAUCACAUUGUGAACGUACCAGAUGAGGAGAACUGUGAUGAGGCGACAUCUGCACAGACCAGAGUCCUCAAUGACCUGCUGCUGCACAGAGAUGCAGUGUGUUUGUGUCACACACCACCUGCAGAGGGUGCUGAGGAGAGUCCGCCUGGUGCAGAAAAGGUUCAAGACUGCGACGUUCUCUUGGAGCCAACACUCCUUGGUCCUCUGAGAGGAGACGGCAGCACUUUUUCCCUUUUGAAAAACUGGAGUCUUCAACUGAGGCAGCAGUCUCUCCUGUCAGAGGAUGAGGAGUACACCACCGGGUCAGAGGUCACUGAAGAUGAGGUGGGGGAUGAAGAGGAGCAGUCCAAGAAACAAGCUGCUAAGAAGGCCAAGAAGGCCCACAGACCUCUGAAAAAACAAAUGUCUUCGCCAAACUUCCAACGCAAAGAAAAAUCUGACAAAGCACAGACCAGGGACAACACACCGUUCAUUGUGAGCGUCCAGAAGAGUAAGUGGGACAGCUCUCGCUCUAUGCGCUACAACCAGGAUGCUCAGAGAGAAGAAGACCAGCGUCGCAUGGUGGAGAUCGUCGGCUACCUGAAUAAGAUGAGGUUUGGAGAGCAGGAACAGAGUAAAUCCAAGGAUACUAAAGAGCCUGCAGGGGGAAUCUACUCCAGACUGGAAGCACAGUUUAAGAGUCCCUCUCAGACCAGACAGAGUUCAGAAAAGGCACCCAGAUCUAAAAUCCGUUACGCUCAGAUCCGAACAACAUAAAAGACUCGAUGAGAUAAAAACCCACCGAGCUGUUCAAAAGGCCAGCGUCAGACCAGAUGAAGAGGACAAAGAGGAAGAGGAGAGUCCUUCUGUGAGGGCUCAGCAACAUGUCGUCCUCCUGGCAGCCCCUCCAGAACGGCCACCACUUAUAACCCUGGACCCCUCAGACCUCCCCUUGUCAGUCCCGUUCCCUCGCUUCUCUGCUUAACUCAGGUGACUAUGUAUGGAUCACCAUCAGCUGCAUUCUCUGUCGCUCAGCUCGCUGUUUAUUUGUGCAGCUGUGGCCAGUCUGUGAAAAACAAGGUGAACUGUGGAUCCAGCUCAGCUCGUAGGAAACGCACUCUGACUUCUUCUCAGUGUUUCUGCAGGCGUAGAUGUGUGGAGCAACAUGACACACGUAUGGAAGUCUUUUUCUGUCAGUUAGGGAACUAAAAACAAAAGUUAUUCAUGAUUCUAAAAAUAUGGCUUGAUAAGUCAGAAUUUUAAGUAAGGUGUGAAGUCAAAAAGAUAAGGAAAUUCUGAUGAAAAGUUGAAAUAUUGAGAACAAAAAAAUACAGUUAUUAUUAUAAAGGUCAUAACUGUGGCUAAGUCCUGAACUUUUCCGUAAAAAUGCAAAAGUUAAGAGAUUAAAUUUCUAAAUUACUUGUGAUAAAAUAAUUUAAAAAUGAGGCAAAAAUCUAAAUCAUGAGAUAAAAAAUGUCAAAAUUAUGAGAAGCCAAAAUAAUGGGAUGAGAAGAAUUGUGAUAUUGUAAAAGUUUUUUUUAAAGCUUGCUGUAUAAACAAAAACCUUUGUACCGUAGGCUUUUUAUAAACAUGUCUUUCUUGAUAUAUGUACUUUUAAUAAUAUUUUGUUGUUCUGAGAGAAAUGGGCUUCUGUAGGUCUGUAAGUUGUUGUAUUUCUGAAGUGACUCUAAUGUUGACCUCCACACUAGUUUGAGACUGAGUUCAGAGGUGCAGAAACCUGAGUGUGUUUGAAUGAACCUGCUGAUGGCAGAGCUUCAGGACCUUCCACUGAUGUCUAACUACUAAUCCUCAUUGUGUUCUGUGCUGAAGCGUCGGCUCAUCUGAUGCUGCACUUACGUACUAACGCCCCCCAGUUCUGGUAGAGAUCUAGCUCUAGUCGUUCCUGUGUGUACUGGAAAGUGACUGUACUGUUCAACACUGGGACUAAUAAAACACAAAUGACACUGAA